AUGAAUUCUUUAAAAGAGUUGUCGAGUUACUGUAAGUUAAUGCUUUUGGAGGUUACUGAAGAUCAAAUUCAAUUUCAUCGAUUAAAAUUACAUUCUGAAGUUUUCAGUAAAAAAGAAAGAUCUGUAUUAUUGCUUCUUGAAAAAUUAGAAAAAUUAAAGAAUGAAAAAAAAAAGGUUAUUUUGGAUGAAGAAAUUGUUGUAGACAAUAGUAUUUCAGAAAAAGAUUUAUCUGAAAAAAUUAAAGAGGGUCAAUUUGAAUUACUUAUUGCAAAUGCAACUAAUACAACAAAAAAUCUUAUAAUUGAAAAUUUUAUUGAAACAAAUCCUAUUUUACAAGCCGUUUAUUCAAAUGAAAGUUUAACUGAACAAGAUCGAGCUAUAAAUUUUUCUCUUGGAAAUUGUGAUAAUAUUAUUUCUAAACUUUUGAAGUUUCAUAAUUUUUUAUUGAAAAAUGAGAAGAAAAUUUUACAUCUUCAAAAAGAGACAUUAAAAUUGUUUUCCGAGAAUAGAAAAAAGGUUAAAAAAAUUUUAGAAAUCAUUACUAAUAUUAAGGAUCGUGAAGAAAAAAUGCUUUCUGUUUUAGAGAAACAACAGAAAGACAAAUUAGUUAGGGAAAUGAAUGAUAUAAAACAUCGUGUUAUUAUUGUAAAAAAUUGUUUACAAGGUAUAAUUCUAGAAAGUGGAAUUGAUUGGUAUGGAAAUGAACAUUGGAGGAAUAUGAUGCUUAAAACAGGUGAACAUGAUAACUAUAUUAUAAAUUAG